CAAGAAAGAAGCUUCCAUAACACUUAACAAAUUUGAACGCACAAAACAAAGGUCAGAAGUUUAUGGAGACCUCUCCCGAAUUCGGGCAAACGAGCAAAACUCGGUUAAUAUCCUAUAUUAACAAAAGUUAUUUAUAUCAGCAAAAUUCCUCUCCCCUCCCCUCCUCUCCCAUGGACAUUAUUUCCUUCUCUAUCCUCCGCUCCCAUGGCCAGUAUUUCCUUCUCUCUCUUUCCCUCCUAUGGCCAAUUGGCCAUGCCCAUGGUCAACCACCUUUGCGUCUCUAAACCAGUCGGCUAGCCAAAAGACAUCCUAAUGGCAAAUUAUGAAAAGUGGCCCCAUACUAACCCCUUAGAGAAAAGGGAUUUUCUUGUGCGGGUGGGGCUUGCGGCGGUCGAAUUGUAGUUCUAAUGAUCAGUUAUAUCAGAGUUGGUCGACUGGGGGUGCUAGUGGUCGUGCGGUGGUUGGCUAGUGGUGCUAAUGGUUGUGCGAUGGUGCGACGGGUGGUAUUGUUGGUUGUGCGGUCGCAAUAGAGGAGAGAGAAAGGGGGUGUGAUUGCUAAAUUUACAUAACUACCUUUGGUAUAAUCAAGUUUUGUUAAUAUAGGAUAUUAACUUGUAUUUUCCGGGCAAACUCCACCUAGAUUUGGGCAAACUUUUGGGACAAGCACAUUGAUCCCUCAUCCUCCUCUAAGCUUGGGCAAACUUCAUCUUUUCCCGCACAAUUCAUCCUUGAGCCAUUCUCCACACAUUUCCGAACCAAACACAACAGAUCUUGAGAUUUUCAUCAAAAAAUUUCUCCUUUAAUCCUUUUCUUUUUCUAUAUCGCCCGCAAGGAUGCUUUAUGUUAACCAAGCCCUGAAACUACUAAUACUCCUUUCUUUAUCGGAUAAAAAUAAAAAUAUAGACAUACAAAAGAAAAGAUUACACACUCUACCAGAAUACCAAAACACAACCAAAUCAAACAAACAAAAAAAAUGGCAGCAGCAAAUGCAAACCAUCUAUUGAAAGCAAGAGGAACAAUUCUCUUCUACCGCCAUAACCACCAUACCUUCAUCCCUCCUCGCUUCCUCCCAUUCUCUCUCCUCCCUUCUCUCAACACCAAACCCACCUCCACAUUCCCUUCUCUCUCCUCAAUCUCUCACCUCCCCUUCACUCCAUCCCCUUCUACUCCACCCCACCAUUUCCGCUUUCUUUGUACUUCAUCAGAUGCUUCAACUUUUGCUUCAACUUUCACUUCGACCGUUGUCGAUUCGGGUUCUGCCCCUCAAUCGGAGCCCCCUGUUCCGGACAUGGGGGCCGUGAAAGAGGCGGCGAAUUUGUUGGAUAUAAGGGUUGGGAAGGUGGUGAAGGCGUGGCAGCAUCCUGAUGCUGAUUCAUUGUAUGUUGAGGAAGUUGAUGUUGGGGAAGAUGAGCCUAGGACUAUUUGUAGUGGGCUUGUUAAGUAUGUUCCCAUUGAUCAAAUUCAGGACAAAAAGGUGCUUGUACUUGCCAAUCUAAAACCAAGAAACAUGCGUGGCAUCAAGUCAAAUGGUAUGCUUAUGGCUGCUUCUGAUGCGUCACAUGAGAAUGUAGAGCUCCUUGUACCUCCCGAGGAUUCAGUUCCUGGUGAAAGAAUCUGGUUUGGCUCAGAAGAGGAAAAGGAAAAUCAAACUGCUGCUGCCACCGCUAAUCAGAUUCAGAAGAAAAAGAUCUGGGAAUUAGUUCAGCCCCAUCUCAAGACUGAUGCUGCUUGUAUUGCAAUGCUUGAUGGGCAUUACAUGAGGACUUCUGCAGGUCCUGUGGUUUCCAAAUCCCUAAAAGAUGCAAAUAUAUCUUAAUGAAAGCUACACCCGGCUGAUGUUUUUAUCCUAUUCUUUCAAUUUUGUUCAUUAACCAUGACAAAAUUUUGCAUAAUUCAGUACUUGUAACUGUUGGGCGAUUACUUUCCAAAUCAAAAUGAGUUGUGCCAUUUUAGGACACUAAUUCUUUAUGUAAUGUGCACUGUACAGAUUUAUAUACGUUUGCGAAAUUUAAUCCUUGCAUUUCUUUGAUGAAGA